AUGAAGCAAGCAAAAAAAGAAGCGCCAGCAAGGAGGGCUGGUUCGGCCAAGGCUGGAUUAAACUUUCCCGUGAACCGUAUUCAUUGCUAUCUCAAGAGGAGUCAUGGCUCCAAGGAAGUCUGCAGAGUUUCAGCCGUCUUUGUCGCUGCCACCCUGGAAUAUUUGGUGACUGGAAUUGUAGAACUGGCGGGUAAUGCUGCACAUGGUAACGAAGAGCAUCAAAUCUUACCACAUCAUCUCAAGAUAGCUAUUCGAAACAAUGAGGAACUGAACAAGCUACUCGGCCAUACCACGGUCCUGCAAAGUGAUGUCUUACCCAACAUCCACAGCGAGUUGCUCCUUAAAAAGACGAACAAGAAGUCUGGCGAGGUUUCUCGAGAGUUUUAAGCAAUAAGUUCCCUAUUCUUUCUCGGUUACGACAUCUUCUCUCUUUUAAAUUGUACAUUGAUCGAAUAGUUUUCUUUUUUUAAUCUUUCUUUUUCGUUGCGUUGUCCUGGAUCCCUUUUCCUUCUUCCCUGCAUUUUAUCAACAUUGUCUGUUCUAUAAUGAUUUUACCAAGAAAUUAGCUCUAACACGUAAAUUUGGUGAAUAUAAAAGAACCCCUCCUCUUCCUUUGGUUCUCUCUUCUUUAGACUAUCGAUAAUGCUAAUCCUAGUAGUAAACAUGAAAGAGAAAAUCUUGCGUAGCAUGCCUUUCCGUAGCAAAACCUUCUAUCGUCUGUGUGUCGUCGUACUUUGAG